AUGACUACCCCAAAAAGCAAUUUCCAAUGGAACUGUGCCACACCCUGCUUUGUGUCGAAAACCAGGCAUCCUACGACUUCUAUCUAUGGAUCAGAUAAGAUAGAUGAAAGGAGGUCAACAGGACUACGCGAUGCAGACUAUAGUGCAGCCUUCGAAACCAUGGGGGUUAGGAGAUGCUUUGGAAAGAUAAACGAGGCAUAUAGCCAGGUUGAUAACAUAAGAAGGACAUUCCCAACUACUUGGGUAUAUUUAGGCAAUAAGGGCUGCAGUGAAACUGCAACUUCCCCAGGGCCUUUCACAUUACCCAUAGCAUGGAACAGCGGCACGAUAGACAGUGGAAUUCAAAGACAAGGCAACCGCCGGAAUCUUAGCACAAGAGAUAACUCGCCUAGAAAACCAACUCGCCGAGAAAAGACUAUGUUUGAGGCUAUUUGUAGAAUGUAUAUGAGCCCCAAGAAAAGCUUCCAACGACCUUGA